GGUCGAACGGCCGGUUCCGGCUGAAUGUCAGUGCGGGGCUGUGGGCCAGGGAGGAAGGUGCUUGGCGGUCUCUCCGCCGCCCCCGCCGCUGCCGGCUGAGCUUGAGAUGUCGCCGCGGACGCCGGGCCGCUGGGCGGAUCGGACAUGAAAACCUGAGGCGGGCGACGGGGCUGGGCUGCGGACAUGUUUGGCCGCUCGCGGAGCUGGGUGGGCGGGGGCCACGGCAAGUCCUCCCGCAACAUCCACUCCUUGGACCACCUGAAGUACCUCUACCAUGUUUUAACCAAAAACACCACCGUCACAGAACAGAACCGGAACCUGCUGGUGGAGACCAUCCGUUCCAUCACUGAGAUCCUGAUUUGGGGCGAUCAAAAUGACAGCUCUGUAUUUGACUUCUUCCUGGAGAAGAAUAUGUUUGUUUUCUUCUUGAACAUUCUGCGGCAGAAAUCGGGUCGUUAUGUGUGUGUCCAGCUGUUACAAACCUUGAAUAUUCUCUUUGAGAACAUCAGCCACGAGACGUCGCUCUAUUAUUUGCUGUCUAAUAACUAUGUAAAUUCGAUCAUUGUCCAUAAGUUUGACUUUUCCGACGAGGAGAUCAUGGCAUAUUACAUAUCGUUCCUGAAAACACUGUCAUUAAAGCUCAACAACCACACUGUCCAUUUCUUCUACAAUGAGCACACCAAUGACUUUGCCCUGUACACAGAAGCCAUCAAGUUCUUCAAUCACCCCGAGAGCAUGGUCCGAAUUGCUGUGAGAACCAUUACCUUGAACGUCUACAAAGUGGAUAACCAGGCCAUGCUGCACUACAUCAGAGACAAAACUGCUGUCCCGUACUUCUCCAAUUUGGUCUGGUUCAUUGGGAGCCACGUGAUCGAACUUGACAACUGUGUGCAGACAGAUGAGGAGCAUCGGAAUCGGGGGAAACUGAGUGACCUGGUGGCUGAGCACCUGGACCACCUACACUAUCUCAAUGACAUCCUGAUCAUCAACUGUGAGUUCCUCAAUGAUGUGCUCACAGACCAUCUGCUCAACAGGCUCUUCCUGCCACUCUAUGUAUACUCACUGGAGAACCCGGACAAGGGAGGAGAACGCCCCAAAAUCAGCCUUCCAGUGUCCCUGUAUCUUCUCUCCCAGGUCUUCCUCAUUAUACAUCAUGCCCCACUGGUGAACUCUCUGGCUGAAGUCAUUCUGAAUGGCGAUCUAUCUGAGACAUACACAAAGCCUGCACAGGAUGUUCCCAGAAGUUCUGCCAAGCCCAGCAUCCGGUGCUUCAUUAAGCCCACUGAGACACUCGAGCGGUCCCUUGAGAUGAACAAGCACAAGGGCAAGAAGCGGAUGCAAAAGAGACCCAACUACAAAAACGUUGGGGAGGAGGAGGACGAGGAGAGAGGGCCCGCUGAAGAUGCCCAGGAAGACGCUGAGAAGGCUAAAGGUACAGAGGGUGGUUCAAAAAGCAUGAAGACAAGUGGGGAGCGUGAAGAGAUUGAGAUGGUGAUUAUGGAGCGCAGCAAGCUCUCAGAGCUGGCCACUGCUGGGGCCUCAGUGAGGGAGCAGAACACCACGGACGAGGAGAAGAGCGCUGCCACAGGCUCAGAGAGCGCACAGUGGAGCAGACCCUUCCUGGAAAUGGUCUACCAUGCCCUGGACAGCCCUGAUGACGAUUACCACGCCCUCUUUGUGCUCUGCCUCCUGUACGCCAUGUCUCAUAACAAAGGCAUGGAUCCUGAAAAACUAGAGCGAAUCCAGCUCCCAGUGCCAAGUGCAGCUGAGAAAACCACCUACAACCAUCUGCUGGCUGAGAGACUCAUCAGAAUCAUGAAUAAUGCCGCCCAACCAGAUGGCAGGAUUCGUUUAGCCACACUGGAGCUGAGCUGCCUGCUCCUGAAGCAGCAAGUACUGACCAGCUCUGGCUGCAUCAUCAAGGAUGUGCAUCUGGCCUGUCUGGAGGGUGCAAGAGAAGAGAGUGUCCACCUUGUACGGCAUUUCUAUAAGGGAGAAGAGAUUUUUUUGGACAUGUUUGAGGAUGAGUACAGGAGCAUGACAAUAAAGCCCAUGAAUGUGGAAUAUCUCAUGAUGGAUGCUUCUAUCCUCCUGCCCCCAACGGGCACUCCACUGACUGGUAUUGAUUUUGUGAAGCGGCUGCCAUGUGGUGAUGUGGAGAAGACGAGGAGGGCCAUCCGAGUAUUCUUCAUGCUGCGGUCCCUGUCACUGCAGCUGCGUGGGGAACCUGAGACCCAGUUGCCACUGACUCGGGAGGAGGACCUGAUCAAAACAGAUGAUGUCUUGGAUUUGAAUAACAGUGACUUGAUCGCAUGCACAGUUAUCACCAAGGACGGCGGCAUGGUCCAGCGCUUCCUGGCUGUGGAUAUUUACCAGAUGAGCCUGGUGGAGCCUGAUGUGUCCAGGCUCGGCUGGGGAGUUGUCAAGUUCGCAGGCCUUCUGCAGGACAUGCAGGUGACAGGAGUGGAGGAUGACAGCCGUGCCCUGAAUAUCACCAUCCACAAGCCUGCCUCCAGCCCACACUCUAAGCCCUUCCCCAUCCUGCAGGCCACCUUCGUGUUCUCUGAUCAUAUCCGCUGCAUCAUCGCCAAGCAGCGCCUGGCCAAGGGCCGCAUCCAGGCCAGGCGUAUGAAGAUGCAAAGGAUAGCCGCCCUUCUGGACCUCCCAAUCCAGCCUACCACUGAAGUCCUGGGAUUUGGACUCGGCUCCUCCUCCUCCCAGCACCUGCCUUUCCGUUUCUAUGACCAGUGCCGCAGAGGCAGCAGUGACCCCACAGUGCAGCGCUCUGUCUUUGCAUCCGUAGACAAGGUACCAGGCUUUGCUGUGGCCCAGUGCAUAAACCAGCAUAGCUCUCCGUCCCUGUCGUCACCAUCACCGCCAUCUGCCAGUGGGAGCCCCAGCAGCAGUGGGAACACCAGCCACUGCGACUCAGGGGGCUCUUCCUCCACACCCUCAGCAACCCAGAGCCCAGCAGAUGCCCCCACAACUCCGGAACAGCCUCAACCUCACCUUCUAGACAAGUCGGUGAUUGUGAAUGAAAUGGAAGUCAACUCCAAGCCCAGCAAGAACUUGGCCAGGAGCUCUGAGGCGGAGACCAUGCACCUGUCCCCCAGCCUCCUCCCCGCACAGCAGCCUACCAUCUCCUUGCUCUCUGAGGACAGUGCUGACACACUGAGCGUUGAGUCGCUGACCCUUGUGCCCCCAGUUGAUCCCCACAGCCUCCGAGCCCUCACUGGCAUUCCCCAGCUCCCCUCACUGGCCACAGCAGGCACAGAGACCCCAGAUGAGGAUGCUGUAUACCCAGAGCCUGCAAGCCCCGCAGAGCACUGAGUGGGCACCCAGGGACCUCCCUUUGUGUGUGCAGCCUGCCAGCAGGGACCCCAGUGCAGUUUGUGACAGCAGGACACAUCAGGAGCACCCACAGUUCUCCAUGGCCUUGGAAACUGUCCCUGACACCUCUUGCUGCAAGACAGCCAUGGACCACUGGAGUUUCUCAUUUGCUCUGACCUCUUUCUGAGCAGGCUGGGAUCUCAGAGACAGCCUCCUGUGUACAAAUGAUGGCAUUGGCCGCCUCAGAGGGGUCCGGGCCCGUCUCUGAUCCUGACAGCCCCAGGUGCACCCUCCUUCAGGCAGCUCCCUUGUCUUCACUCCCAGUGUGCACAGAAGUGGACCAGGUUACUGUGGUAGCACUCUAUAGAGAAGCACCUGGAUAAACGUCUCUUUGGGGCUAUUUAUUUCUGGUUUUGGCAACAGGUGAAGAGAUUUAUUUAAAAAGAAUAUUUGGGGAGAGGGGCAAAGAGAAAAAGUCCUCAAACCCUAAGGCUUGGUGUCACAUAAGAAGUGUCAGCCGUUAGGUUCCCCUUGUGUAGAACUUGUCUGUGUUUUUAUUCUGAAGUUGCAGCUGUCACUUUCUCUCUUCCUGAAUGAUACUUGUUUCUCUGUCUCCAAUCCUACAAGUGGGAUGAUAAAGUCUCUCCCUGAAACAUUCAGAUACUUCUGAACAAAAAGAGACAGACCUGAGCCCUCUCAGGCCAUAUGGAGCAAGAAGGCCAGCUUCUGUGCUGUCAUGUGACCUGGGUGACAUCUGCUCCCUGCUCAGGACUCCACAUCGGCACAGCUUCCAGCAGGCUUGCUACCUUCUCUCUUCAUCUAAGAAAGAUCCAUUGGGACCAUGGAGGUCCUAGCCCACGUGGCUAUGACAGGAGUCAAAGGCACAGGAAGUCAUCCUCAGAUGUAACCAGCUUCCCAGUAUGCAUAUGGAUGCCUGACCAGAGGCCCAGCUGCAAAUCAGAUGACCCAAAAGCAGAGUCUUCCUCUGCUGCCCAUUUCUGCCAUUACCACACAGCUUGUUGUGGUAUGAAAAUCCCAUUCUUCUAGGCAUGUGCCAGCAAAACCCAUAUCUGCCUCGUCAGCCCCCAGCCUGCCUUUGCACGCAGCCAGCCAGUUCACGAUUCAUGGCUCCAUGGGAAGGCCUUCUGUGGAUUUCCUGCCGAUGUGGCCUCACCCAGUGUCAGUAUCCACUGAAGGCUAACCACAAGGGCACCCUUGUGGGAGGCACGUCACCAUCUGCACAUCAGCAGUCCUUGUCACCCCUGUUCGGCUCACUUCCCGCAGCCCCAGUGCUCCCCAGGAGGGGAGUAGUGUCCAUGUGGACUGGCCUCUCUGGUUUCGAAAAGCACUCUGGUGGGCGUGCCCAGAGGCAGAAGCUCCUAAGGCCUGGCAAGAAAGGAUGUCCCAGGAGGUUUAGCAGAGCCCUGGAAAGGGGGAUGAGUGAUGGCCACUGAAAAGGAGGGCUCUCUGGGCCCCCCAGCCAGCCCUGGGUACUCCCUGGUCAUUUGCCGGGAGGGACAGACAGAGGAGCAGGCACUUUGGGUUUGAGAUGACAGUUGCUAGGACAGCAUAAACGCUAUAAAAUGCAAGUGACUCUCCUCCACCCUGCAGCCACCCUACCCCACCCGUGCAGGUGGGUUCCACCCCUCUGUGACUAGCCUCUUCUCUGCACUCAGGAGGUUCCAAGGAAGGGGAAGCAAACACUGAAAGAACAGCUGCCAUGUAAUAUUCACCAAGGACAAGCCUGUCCCCCACAGCUUGGAAGAUUGUCCCCAAAGGCUUCCUGUAGCCAGGCACCCAGGGGUACCUCCAGGUGAGCAAAUGGGAACUUCCUGUGAGCGGAGCUCCUUGGCCCAUUGCUGAUGAGGAGGUCCUGGAGGAAGCAGCUGGCCAGGACGUUUCCUCACCUAGGUCUUGGUGGCAAUGGGCACAACCCAAUCCUCAGGAACACCCUACUAACUUGCCAGCUGCUCCCGAGGCAGACCCAGGCAGAAAGAACAUAUUAGGUCUCCCACGGUCAGCAGGGAGGUAGGACUGAGGGUUACCAGGUCCAGAAGGACACAGAGCUGACCUGGAGGUCCCAGAGUCAGCCUUCAAAACCAGUAGCCUUGUCUCUAAGGCCAUGCACACCAUGCCUGCCCUGGUCUCUCUCCCUUCUGUCACUGCCCCGGGGCCUACAUCUCUGCUUUGACUAUCACCAUAGAGAAACGCAGCACUGCCCCGUCCUGUUUGGAGGCGUGGGCAUCAGGACCCUUCCCCCAGCUCAGACUCAGUGUAGUGGUGAGCUCCCUGUAUGGUGGAGGUGGUGGAAGAGGCUCCCAGAGCCGACCCUCUGCUAUUGCAGCCAGCCUAGCACCCUCCCAAAUAUUUGCAUUGCCAGGGCUGGAUGAUAGCAUCCCUCCUAAGGACAGCACUGGCUUUCUCUGUGGCCUCUGAAACGCACAACUGUAAAUAAGGCACAGGUAAACCAGGUCUGGUCUUUUGUAGGUGUAAUAAAUAUAUUUCACGCUGUAACAAUGGGUAGAAGGUUAAAUGCGUCCUCCCUCCUGCAGAGCUGAAGCUGGGAAGAACUGUUGCAAAGUGAGGCCAGGGCUGGGAAGCUCUGGCCAGGGAAGUGCCUGCUUCUGCCAGCAGGAUUUAGACUUUGGGGACUGAACCCGAGGGAGCCACGAAAGCUAGAACUUCCUUGUAAAUUGGAACUUGGCAAUAAAAAGCAAAACCAAUGGUC